GCCUCUGACCCCCCCCACCUCCCCUGUCCACCAAGGCCUUGGGGCCUCGGACCUGCCCCCAGACUCCCACUUCCUCCCCUUGAGGGGCCUCGGAUCCCCCUUCCUCCUGGGGGACCCUCGGACACCUCUCCAUACUCCCCUCCCCCUGGGGACUUGGACCCACCCUUGACGUCUUUCCUCUGCCACCACUGAAAGGCCUAAAGGAAAUCCCUUGAACCCGAAUGAGAGGGAGGGCGGGCUCCGCCCAGCAUCAGCCAGGGGCAGAGUUAAGGGUAUUUGUGAGCCUUAACUGAAGCCUUGUCAACCCCAAGGGUUCAGAAUUUGGGGAAACUCACCAAAACUAUGAAACCGACUUAAAAAAAAAAACAGGAGGUUUUAAUCUGAACAGAUGGUACUGUUCAGCACACCCUUGGAAAACUUGCUCCUGAAGUGCUGAGAACCUACCAGGCACAGAUCCCUCUGAGUGCCCAUUGGGAGCUGAAGUCACUUAGCAUCUCACAGUAUCAAGCACGAUGUAGUAAAGCAACCUAGAAGACAUUGCCCUCCUUAUGGGAAGAGCCGUCGUUGGACUAUCCCACAGGCCACUUUGUGAAAUCCAUCCCAGUCAGCCAAUCUAGUCUCUUUUUCUUUCUGCUAUGGUGACGGGAGUGGAGGGGUGAUAAAUGGCCAUGACCAUCACUUUCAUACACUUCUGUGAUGAAGGAAGCCAGGCUGCGUUUCAUGCAGCCAAGACAGCUCUUUCCUGGGGUUGCACUUCCCUCUGGUGUGCAUGAGCAAGUGGUGAGCAAGCCAGUUAAAUCUGCACAGGGAGUCUGGGAAGGACACACUGGAUCCAACGCACCGGAGAGAAGUUGCAAAGGACAAGGGGAUCCUGGAUUAAUCCAAGCACUGACUCCCCACCGCCAGGUGAAUGGGAUUCUGGGAGGAUUGGUCUUGCUGUCUGUGGAUCUAUCCCCUGGGAAAAAGGUGAAAGUAAUCGAAUGGCGCUUUCAUGCUGGGUCAGGUGUGACGAUCCAGCUGGCUGAGUUCACUGGGGGGAAGUUUGAGCGACCCGAUCCCAGUGAUAGAUUUAAGCAGAGGCUAGAAAAGUACAACGAGACCUCGCUGAGGAUCAAGGUUCUGGAGCUGGGCGAUAGUGGAGUUUAUGAGGCCCGGAUUAAGAUAGUACCCGCAACUGUGGAGGAACAGGCCUUUCUCCUCGCAGUCUAUGAGCCUGUUCCAGUGCCAAAGAUAAAGAGUCACUCGCUCUCCAGCACGGCAGUUGGGUGCAAUGUCACUCUGCAGUGUGAGGUGUCUGGCAGAGAAGAUGUUAACGUCUCCUGGAGUAGAGGGAACUCACCUAGAGAUCUGGGCAAUUUGGAGCGGUACCAGCUCAGCCCUGAUGGCAGGACCCUCCACCUGUCUCUGCAGCCCAACCCCCUACACUCUACCUUCACCUGCAUGGCCAGCAACCCCGUGGACCAGAAAAACAUCUCUCUUUAUCUGCAGAGCAUCUGUCAAAGUGGAGGAGCAGCUCCCAGUCCUUGCCGUUGGAAAGCCAUUAUUGGGGCGCUGUUCCUGGGACUCGAGAUCAGUGCCGUGGUCCUUGUGAACCUGCUGCACAGAAAAAUGCCGUAAAGCUGUCGGCUGGGCUAGAACCUUGUGUCGCAGAUGCCUGAUGAGAAGGUGGUCAGGCUGACGGGGAGGCGGGGGGAGCAGGCUAUCAGGUGAAAUCCUGGCCCCAGUGAAGUCAGUGGGAGUUUUGCCAAUGACUUCUGUGGAGUCCAGAUUUCACCCCCAGGUGUAGCAUGGUCCCCAGAAUCUCCAGUGAAAUGCCCCUGUUCAUCGGAGAAUAGUCCGAGCAAGCUUUGUCUAAAGGAGCUGUUUCUCCACAGUAAAGAGAAAUCAAAGUACCGGAUAUCUGAGAGUA